AUGGCGUCCGAUAUCGAUGAGCAGUCUCUUCGGUUAGGCAUCUACCUUCAGUCACAAGAUGCCGUUGCCUUGAUAAAGGGAAAGCAGCGAGAGGACGAGCAGCCCCCCGAUGUCGAAUUCGCCGCGGAGCUCUACAAAUUUGAGCUUCAGUCGCUACAUACAUUCUACUCGGAUCGAGCUCUUUGCCGUCGCCUCAGUGGCUUGGGCCUGGAGGAUGGCGAUCCUUUGAGAGGUCGUGCUUAUGAAGCGCAGCCUGCUCCAAGCAAGCCGAAAACUACAGCCAACCAAGGAUUUGUAUCAGCACGAUCCAGCGAAAGUUUCACCCCUGCGACUGCUGCUAGUGCCAGUGUCGUCGCCAAAGAGACAACCAAUGAGACGGCCAGAGAGGCAAUUGAAAAGGCUCUCAAAGAGGCAAUCAAAGAGACAAGCAAAGAGACAACCAAAAAGACAACCAAACGAUCCAAUGGUAAAGCUGCAUCACCACCAUCCAGCAAAAAUCUCACUUUAGGCACCAGUACCAGUGUCAAAAUCGUUGAAGAGACGACCAAAUCGCUUGCAAAACCCUAG